ACAGUUGCUGUCAGGACCAAUCAAACCGGCGGAAUAACCGGAAGUACAUGAACCGCGAGAUUGAGGAGCCCAGAGAAUAAGACAAUCAGCUUCUGCGGUUCUUCCUGUUGAUGGUCAGAUGAGUGGAGACUCGGACAGGAAUCAGGAGUUUCAUGAGCAGCUGCGGCUGCAGGAACUGUACAGUCAGAGGCGGGACGAUGGAGAUGAUCCGUACACGUACAUCGACCCUGAGGAUGGAACCGUCUACGACUGGGACCACGACAAGAAGGCCUGGUUUCCAAAGAUAACAGAGGACUUCAUCGCUGCGUAUCAGGCAAAUUACGGCUUCUCUGAAGAUGGAACUUCAGCAGCGACGGGAGAACCUCAGCCUAAGAAACCUAAAGAGGAGGAAGAGGAGGAAGAGGAGAAGGAGAAAGAGGAGCGGCAGGAGGAGGAAAUGACAGAUGCAGGAACCACUAAAGAGGAAAAGAAGAAAGGAGAGAAGAGGAAAGCAGAACCCGGAUGGUUUGAUAUUGAGAAAGAGAAAAACACAAAUGUUUAUGUGUCAGGUCUCCCACCUGACAUCACUCCUGAUGAGUUUGUGGAGUUGAUGUCUAAGUGUGGAAUAAUAAUGAGAGACCCAAUGACAGAGGAGUAUAAAAUUAAAUUAUAUAAAGACAGUGAGGGGAAUCAGAAAGGAGACGGACUCUGCUGUUACCUCAAGAGAGAGUCCGUAGCGCUGGCUGAGCGUUUGCUGGAUGAGUAUGAGAUCCGAGGUUACCGGCUGCAUGUUGAAGCGGCUCGUUUUGAGCUGAAAGGCCAGUAUGAUGCCAGCAAGAAGAAAAAGAAGAGCAAAGAGUAUCGCAAAAAACUGCAGCAGCAGCAGAAGCAGUUGGACUGGAGGCCUGAGAAGAAAGCAGAACUGCGUAAGAGACACGAGCGAGUGGUGAUCAUCCAGAACAUGUUCCACCCCACUGACUUCGAGGAGGAUCCGCUGGUGCUGAACGAGUAUCGAGACGACCUGCGCUCAGAGUGUGAGAAAUUCGGGGAGGUGAAGAAGGUCAUCAUAUUUGAUAGACAUCCUGACGGCAUGGCCUCCGUGGCGUUUAAGGAGCCAGAGGAGGCGGAUGCGUGUGUGACUGCGCUGAACGCACGGUGGUUUGGAGGGAGACAGCUUUCAGCUCAGCUGUGGGACGGAGUCACUGACUACCAAGUGGAGGAGACGGUGAGAGAGCGGGAGGAGAGGUUAAAAGGUUGGUCGGUGUUUCUGGGUGAUGAAAAGAGUCAAGUGACACAAAAAGCUGAAGAUGAAAGAGCAGAAGCAGGAGGGCAGGGCCAGGAAGCGGAGAACCAACAGGAAGAGACAGAUGGAAGAGAAGAGAAGGAGGAAGUGACUGUUGAGUCCACCGAUAGCAGUUUGGCUGGCAGUGAUGAUGAGUCUUAAGUGUGUGUGUGUGUGUGUGUGUGAUGUACAGUGUAAAUCGCUGAUGGUCAUUAGUUUGAUUUUUCGCCUCGUGUGUAAACAUGCUGUUUUAUAAUGAAAAUAAACUCAUUUGUGUGUG